GAAAACCGGAAACUACGCAUUUUUUCGCGCGAAAUCUCGUUGCUGUCCUGUGUAUUGGAUUUUCAUUAGAUUAAAUCAGAGAAACGGCACAUCGGCUUCGCGGUGGAGAGAAGGUUAUUUUGUUUUUUGUUGUCCUCUGUGUGAGCUGAAAGAGACGAAACAGGAUGAAAUAUUUCACUCGAAUGAAAAUCAGACGAGUAUAUGAGUGGAGUGGAAAGCCACGAAGUUUCAACAGGAGGCUAAAAACCUACGACUAUGACUCUUUUGCGAUCAGUGUGGAGGGUCUCUCAAAAAUCAUCAUCAACACAGGCCAAGACAUCCUCAUAGAGGGGUGUGAUGAAGACAACCCAUAUGUGGCCAAAGUUACCAGGCUAUAUGGUGAUGAGAAUGGGCAACAGAUGAAGGCAGUAGUUCAGUGGUUCAUGCGUGUGUCUGAAUUUCCUGUCAACAAACUGAAAUUGCUUGGCAGAGAGCCUCAUCCGCAGGAGAUCUUCUACUAUGAAUGUCGUAAUUGUGAUAAUGAGGUCAACGUCGAGUCCAUCCUCAGGCCUGUGAAGGUGAAGCACCUUGACAGCAAUGACCCGUUCCCUGACUCCGCUGACAAAGACACCCUGUACGUGAAGUUGUCCUGGGACUCCAAGGUCUUCAGGGUGGUGAACUCGACCGUGGUGGAGUCUCCCGCUGAGCCAGCACCUGCUUCUUCACCUCCUUCCUGUCUUAAACCCUCCCUCCCAAUGUCACCUUCUUGCUCCCAGUCUGCAGCCACCCCCAGAGGACCCUCUCGGCGUGUCCUACCCACACCGGACCACGCCAUAAUGCACAAGGCGUCAUUAGGGGAAGUUGGCUGCAGCAGUGUAGGUACACCUGCCAAUGUCGAGGCUGAGUCCCUUCACUCGGCCACUAAGCUGUCAGCAUCGAAAUGCCUCAGUGCCAAGAGGAGGAAUGCCACAGCCAGGACACCUGGUGUCCGAAAGAGACUGGAGCUCAGCAGUCCAGAAAAGUCAGUGACAGGUGAAGAAGUCCUGAGUCAGCUGCUAAAUGAAGAGUUGGAAUCAAAGGUGACACUGACUCGCAGGCCUCCUCCCUCUCCCGCUCAUCCUCUGCGCGUCACCCACAGCCUCACACCCCUGAGGAAGGCCCACAGACCCACCGGUGCUCAGUGUGGUGUCCCCUUAAAGUCCUCAUCUGUCUUCCUCAACAAACGGCCUCUCUCUGAUUCGGAAAGCCCUCUGUCACCAGCCAAGGAUGACUCCACAAGAGCUACACAAAAGAAAGAGCUGGAAACCAUUAAAGAGCCAGUCCUCAGUGUUCUAGCGGAGGUGGAGAAUGAAAAGUCUCCAAUGGUCACUGAAACACCGAGGAGCUCUAAGAGGAAGUCGGCCAUGCUGGUGUCAUCACGCAUCAAGAAACAGCUGAAUCUUCUGGAAAACCAUCAGGACCCAAACUCAUCCGGAGAGGAAGAGGAUGAGUUUGUUCCAUCUAAGAAUGACUUGCUGAGCAGCAGCGAAGAGGAGGGUCAAGAUGAGGAUGGGCCGAAUAUUGAUGAUCAAGUGUCAGCGAAGAAGUUUCGAUAUGUUGCAACGGGUUCUCGCAAUUCUCGUUCAAAACAGAAAUCUUACUCCUCAGCGAGAACGCAACGAAGAACUCCCGCAAAGAAGAUCUCACCGGGAACGCCACAAACCCCCCGUCAUGCCACGCCCAGCAUCCCCAUCAGGUCCCUGCAGACCCAACAGCCGGCUAACAUCCUGGAGGAAGCCAGAGCCAGGCUGCAUGUGUCAUCGGUGCCAGAGUCUCUGCCCUGCAGGGAGCAGGAGUUUCAGGACAUCUACAGCUUUGUGGAAAGCAAGAUCGUUGACAACACAGGAGGGUGCAUGUACAUCUCUGGUGUGCCAGGAACGGGAAAGACGGCGACAGUUCAUGAGGUGAUUCGCUGUCUGCAGCACGCAGCUGACAUGGACGAAAUCCCUUCAUUCCACUUCAUCGAGAUCAAUGGGAUGAAAAUGACAGACCCACACCAGGCCUACGUCCAAAUCCUACAGAAACUGACUGGUCAGAAAGCCACACCUGACCACGCAGCAGUUCUGUUGGAAAAGAGAUUCAGCAACCUAGCGCCCAGGAAGGAGACUAUUGUGCUGCUUGUGGAUGAAUUAGACCUGCUGUGGACGAGGAAGCAGAACGUGAUGUACAACCUGUUCGAGUGGCCGGCACGGCGCCAUGCUCGCCUGGUGGUGCUGACCAUCGCCAACACAAUGGAUCUGCCCGAGAGAAUCAUGAUUAACAGAGUGGCCAGUAGACUGGGUUUGACCAGGAUGUCAUUCCAGCCGUACAGCUUCAAGCAGUUGCAGGAGAUCAUCAUGUCCAGGCUGAACAAGUUGAAGGCCUUUGAGGAGGACGCUCUGCAGUUGGUGUCCAGGAAGGUGGCUGCUCUGUCCGGUGAUGCUCGCCGAUGUUUGGACAUCUGUCGGCGGGCAACGGAGAUCUGUGAGCACUCAGCUGCUGACCCUUCCUCCACAGGAUUGGUGGGAAUGAGUCACGUGAUGGAAGCAUUGAAUGAGAUGUUUUCCUCUGCCUACAUCACUGCCGUCAGGUGUGCGUCAACACAGGAGCAGCUCUUCCUCAGAGCUGUUAUUACAGAGUUUAGGCGGCUGGGAUUGGAAGAGGCGACUUUCCAACAGGUGUUCGUGCAGCACCAGGCUCUCUGUCGGAUCGAAGGUCUUAAGCCCAUCGGGGUCUCGGAGGGUCUGGCUGUUUGUCAGCGGCUGGGAGCCUGCAGGUUGCUGCUGCUGGAACCAAGUCACCUGGGAGUCCUGCAGCGCAUCCGACUCAACGUCAGCCAGGAUGACAUCUUUUAUGCCUUGAAAGCCGACUGAAGGAGGAGUCUUUCACACAAACUGAACUAUGUCAGAAAAGUGAACCCUCGUCCACGGAUUUCAGUUAUGAGCUUAAUUCUUUGUCAUGCCCCCAAUUUUACUGGAAAAUUUUCUUCCAUCUCUGGAUUUUAUUUUUGUUUCAGUCUUAAAUGUACAAUAAAACUCUUUAAUAAUC